AUGGAUGUUCCAAAAUAUGAUGGAAAUAUUCAUCCAAAUGAAUGGAUUAAUGAUAUACAAAAAUAUUUUAAACUUAAAAAAAUCAAUGGUACUGAUUGUUUAGAAAUUGCUAUAUCAUCCGUGGAUCCUACUAUCUCGUUACCAGAUGAGAUUGAUAGUUUUGAGAAACUUUGUAACACACUUAAAGAAGAUAUUUCUUUUAAAGUAUUUAAAAAUACAAAUGAAAAAAUGUUACAAUCAUUAAAAUAUAUUCCUGAAAAUAAAGGUGGUAAUACUUCAAAAUUUAUUUCAAAGUUUAGAAAACUUUGUUAUAAUGCAGAAAUUAAUGAUAUAGAAGAACAGAAAAAAUACCUUUAUAAAUCACUUCCAAUAAAUCAUUUUGAUUCAAUAUUAAUUGAAUUUUAUAAGAAAAUGGAAAAUGUUGAUUCAAUCAAUAAAUUAAUUAAAGAAUUUGAAGAUUUUGUUGAUUAUGAAUCAAAAUUAAUUAUAAAUGAAUCAAUUGUAGCAUUAAAACAUGUUAAUACAGGAAAUUACUUAAGUUCAAUGGAGAAUUUAUGUUAUGAAACUGGAGUUAAGUCUCAAUUGGUUUUUGUACAAGGAAGCCCAGAACCUGGACCAAAUUCUUUAUGGAAAAUUAAAUUUAUUAAUAAAGAAUUAGCUACUUGUGGAAAUACUCACAUAACUUUACAACAUGUCAAAUCCAAGAAGUUUCUUGGAUUAAAUUAUGGAAAACUUCAUUAUGAUACUUUUGGUGAUUAUGUUUAUAAUUAUUAUGAAUAUCUUUAUCACAAAUCACCAUCAACUGAUUAUACAGAAGUAAGUUGUAAUGAUAUUACAAAUAGUGAUUAUUGGGUUAAAAAUUGGGAAUUUAAUUAUGAUAUAGUAGAAAGUCAUCAAGGCUUUUUAAAAUCAAACGAUAUAAUUAAUCUAAGUAUUAAGAAAAUGCAUAAUAAUAAUGGUAAAUAUAUUUCAAAUGGUCAAUAUGAAUUUUUACGUAGUCAUGAUAUUCAAUUUACUAUUGGAAAAAAUGCAUUUCAAGAAGUUGUUUGUCAUAGUGAAAAAUUAGGAGAAAAUGAUAAAUGGUGUAUUGAACUUAUUAAACAAUAUAUUUGGACCUUAGAUUGA